CUAACGAGCCCACUCGACAACGGCUGACUAAAGUUACUGACGUCGACGGCGUCCUGCUUCCUCUCCAGUAUGCGCAUUUGGCUGCUUAUCAGAUGCUGGGCGCAAUGUUGGCAGCGGUGAAUCAGUAAUUCAGUAUCCCGCGCGAGUGUUGACUGAUGACUUGAUCAUUUUGAUGGGAUCGCGCUCCCGCUUCCCUGAAUACGCAGUCCCCCGGCUUACAAUGAUCCCCGAUGACCUUGCCCUGGCAGCCGUGACGUCGCCGUCGGCUUUCCGGCCGCACCGUGCCGGUCAUGUUGCGCUGCUAUGCAUGACCUUUAGCCUGCUGCUAAUGAGUUGGCCCGCCGCGGUUCAUAUGCUGCCACUGCUCCGCGACACCGAUGCUUCGCCCACGGCCGCGCCGUAUCACAUCCAUAAUGGCGACGAAUGCAACUACAUGGGAAAGAUGCCGAGCGACGACCCGUGUUCACCAUGGUGUUUCUGCCGCAACGGCCGCGCCGCCUGCGCCCAGGUCACGUGCACGCCGGGGCAUUCCCACACCGGCGACCCCAGCGCUCCAUGUCACGUUAUCCAUGUCUCCGGACGCUGCUGCCCGACCUUCCUAUGUUCUUUGGCGAACGGCACCACAUCGGUCAAAUACGACCUGCCCAUGAUGCGAAUUCCCGAUGAAAUGCUACCGCUAGAAGACCAUGCCGAUGACAAGGACUGAUCGAGGACCCCGAUUUGUUUUCAUUGUAUAAUUAUGGAUAUUAGUGUGACGGCUUAAAGCAGUCAUUAAUGAUUUCUCCGGGCGCAUCAUUUUAUUCUACAACCUUACACGCACGUGAAUCGAAUUCAACAGUUAAUUCACCUGACCUUCAAAAUAGCCGUUUAAUACACUAAAUUUUUUUUACUUAUGAGCACUUACUUGGUUCGAUCGUAUAAGCCGAGUCCGAGUUAUAAUUAAAAGAGAUCAACAAUGUUUCUCGUUAGGUUAUUUUUAUACGCUGCAGAUAACAAAGAGUAUAAUGUUUUUUUGUUCAAGGUGUUUGCGUGCGACAGUGUUGUUUAAUUAAAAGCACAGCCGGUCCUUAAGAACUGCUUAUUGUUCGUUUAAUAACUUGAUUAAUUGUGAAAUAAGAAGCCGGUAUGAGUGCGGAAGUAA